AUGCCUCCGAAGCACACACAAUCGAGAAAAGGACGUAAAAGAAAGGGAAAAGAUAUCGAUGAAAUUCACGACGAUCUUAAACCGCAAAAGGCAGCAAAGUUAUUAAAUCAAGAGGUCGAUCUCGAUCUGCCCGGUGAAGGACAAUUCUACUGCAUAGAAUGUGUACGACAUUUUGCUGAUGCACCAACUUUAAGCCUUCACCAAAAAUCUAAGUUGCAUAAACAACAAUUGCGUAGGUUGAAAGAAACCCCAUAUACUGUGGCAGAAGCUGAGGCGGCGGGUGGAGUUGGUGUUGUGCCACUUAUAAAGAAUUUGACGCCCGGAGAAGUAACAAAGAUCAACAAAAGAACGAGGACUCAAAAGAUGGACGAUGGUUCUACG